CGCCGAGGCGGGCGCGGAGCCCCCCAUCAGCCCGGAUGGGAGGAGGAGGAAGAGGAGGGAGGAGGCGACGACGACGGUGCCCGAGGGGAUGCGGCGGAGCGGGCCGGCGGGAGGCGUAGAGCCGGCUCGAGAGGGAGCGCCGAGCCCUUGUCGCCGCCGCCGCCGCUGCCACCGGCGGGGCUCGGCCGCCGCCUGCAGCUCCGGGCGGCGGCGCUGCUGAGCCCGCGCUGCCUGCGCGCCGCCGCCUCCCGCUCCUCGCCCAGCGCUCCGGCCGCGCAGCGCCAGGCCGCGGCCGCCCUCCCCCAGCGCCUCCCGGGCGGCGGCGGGAGGCAGCAGGGGCGCGAUGGCGUCCUACGUGGAUAACAGCUUCCGCCAGGCGGUGAUGAAGAACCCGGCGGAGCGGAGCCCCCAGGACUUGGAGAUUGUGUAUUCAUAUUUGCAUGGAAUGGAAGCAUUGUCUAAUCUGAGAGAGCAUCAGCUAAGACUGAUGUGUGAAACUGUUAGAUAUGAAAGGCAUGAAGCAAAUGAAGUUCUGUACUACCCUGAUGAUAUUGGUACCUGUUGGUAUAUCCUGCUGUCUGGUUCAGUCUUCAUUAAAGAAUCCAUGUUUCUUCCAAGGAGCAGUUUUGGCAAGCGUUCUGCCGGCAGCUUCCGACGUGGGUGUGAAUGCAUUGUUUUAGAGCCAUCUGAAAUGAUUGUGGUUGAUUACAUGGAAGAAAAUGAGGAGUAUUUCCAACGUCAAGCAUCUCACAGGCAAUCUCGAAGAAGAUUUAGGAAAAUCAACCAGAAAGGGGAGCGACAAACAAUUAUUGAUACCGUUGACCCUUAUCCUGUGGGGAAGCCACCUCUACCUAGAGGCUACCAUACGGAAUGCACUAAACCUCAGCUUCCUGCAGAUUUCACAAAGCUGCACCUUACUGACAGUCUCCACCCACAGGUGACCCACGUUUCAUCUAGUCACUCAGGAUGUAGCAUCACUAGUGAUUCAGGAAGCAGCAGCCUUUCUGAUAUCUACCAGGCUACAGAAAGUGAGGCUGGUGAUAUGGAUCUCAGUGGAUUGCCAGAGACAGCAGUGGAUUCUGAGGAUGAUGAUGAUGAAGAAGACAUUGAAAGGGCAUCAGAUCCUUUGAUGAGUAGGGAUAUUGUAAGAGACUGCUUGGAGAAAGACCCAAUAGACCGGACAGAUGAUGACAUUGAACAACUACUGGAAUUCAUGCAUCAAUUGCCUGCUUUUGCCAACAUGACAAUGUCAGUGAGGAGAGAACUCUGUGCUGUAAUGGUGUUUGCUGUUGUGGAGAGAGCGGGAACUAUUGUACUAAACGAUGGGGAAGAGCUGGAUUCCUGGUCAGUCAUUUUGAAUGGCUCUGUGGAGGUGACAUACCCUGAUGGAAGAACAGAGAUAUUGUGCAUGGGGAAUAGUUUUGGUGUUUCCCCCACCAUGGAAAAGGAAUAUAUGAAAGGAGUGAUGAGAACCAAAGUGGAUGACUGCCAGUUUGUUUGCAUAGCCCAGCAAGACUAUUGCCGCAUCCUCAACCAAGUGGAAAAGAACAUGCAGAAGGUAGAAGAGGAAGGGGAGAUUGUGAUGGUGAAGGAGCACAGGGAGCUUGACCGCACUGGAACGAGAAAAGGCCACAUUGUCAUCAAGGGGACAGCUGAAAGGUUAACAAUGCAUUUGGUGGAAGAGCACUCUGUGGUAGACCCAACAUUUAUAGAAGACUUCCUGUUGACGUAUAGGACCUUUCUUUCCAGCCCAAUGGAAGUGGGCAAGAAGUUGUUGGAGUGGUUCAAUGACCCCAGCCUCAGGGAUAAGGUUACACGGGUAGUAUUGUUGUGGGUGAACAAUCACUUCAAUGAUUUUGAAGGAGAUCCUGCUAUGACUCGAUUUCUGGAAGAAUUUGAGAACAAUCUGGAGAGGGAGAAAAUGGGUGGACAUUUGAGGCUGUUAAAUAUUGCUUGUGCUGCUAAAGCUAAACGAAGAUUGAUAACAUUAACAAAGCCAUCUCGAGAAGCCCCUUUGCCUUUUAUCUUGCUGGGAGGGUCAGAAAAGGGGUUUGGAAUCUUUGUUGACAGUGUAGAUUUUGGUAGCAAAGCUACAGAAGCAGGCUUGAAACGUGGAGACCAGAUAUUGGAAGUGAAUGGUCAAAACUUUGAAAACAUUCAGUUGACAAAAGCCAUGGAAAUCCUUAGAAAUAACACUCAUCUGUCUAUCACUGUGAAAACCAAUUUAUUUGUUUUUAAAGAACUCUUAACAAGGUUGUCAGAGGAAAAAAGAAAUGGUGCUCCCCACCUGCCUAAGAUCGGUGAUAUUAAAAAGGCCAGUCGUUACUCCAUCCCUGACCUUGCUGUUGAUGUGGAGCAGGUAAUAGGAUUAGAAAAAGUAAAUAAGAAAAGUAAAGCCAACACAGUUGGGGGAAGAAAUAAGUUAAAGAAGAUACUUGACAAGACUCGAAUCAGCAUUCUGCCUCAGAAACCAUACAAUGACAUUGGAAUAGGCCAGUCUCAGGAUGACAGCAUUGUGGGACUGAGGCAAACAAAGCACAUUCCUCCUGCUUUACCUGUCAGUGGAACCCUGUCAUCCAGUAAUCCUGACCUGCUGCAGUCUCAUCACCGCAUCUUAGACUUUAAUACUACUCCAGACUUACCAGACCAAGUUCUGCGGGUUUUCAAGGCAGACCAGCAAAGUCGCUACAUAAUGAUCAGCAAGGACACAACAGCAAAGGAAGUGGUCAUCCAGGCCAUCAGGGAAUUUGCUCUGACUGCAACCCCUGAUGCCUAUUCACUGUGCGAGGUCUCUGUCACACCUGAGGGUGUCAUCAAGCAGAGGAGGCUCCCUGAUCAGCUGUCCAAGCUUGCUGACAGGAUACAGCUGAGUGGCAGGUAUUACCUGAAGAACAACAUGGAAACAGAAACUCUUUGUUCAGAUGAAGAUGCCCAAGAGUUACUAAGGGAAAGCCAAAUUUCCCUACUACAGCUCAGUACUGUUGAGGUGGCUACCCAACUCUCCAUGAGAAACUUUGAGCUGUUCCGUAAUAUCGAACCCACAGAAUACAUAGAUGACUUAUUUAAACUCAAAUCAAAAACAGGUUGCACUAAUCUAAAAAGGUUUGAAGAGGUGAUAAAUCAAGAAACCUUCUGGGUGGCUUCUGAGAUUCUAAGAGAAACCAACCAGCUGAAAAGGAUGAAGAUCAUUAAGCAUUUCAUUAAGAUAGCGCUACACUGCAGAGAAUGCAAGAACUUCAACUCGAUGUUUGCCAUCAUUAGUGGCCUGAAUUUGGCACCAGUUGCAAGGCUCCGAACUACUUGGGAAAAGCUUCCAAGCAAGUAUGAAAAACUGUUUCAAGAUCUACAGGACUUGUUUGAUCCAUCUAGGAAUAUGGCAAAAUAUCGUAAUGUCCUUAACAGCCAAAACCUACAGCCCCCUAUUAUCCCCCUGUUUCCUGUCAUCAAAAAAGACCUCACAUUCCUUCAUGAAGGAAAUGAUUCUAAAGUGGAGGGCCUGGUGAAUUUUGAGAAGCUGCGGAUGAUUGCGAAGGAGAUACGCCAUGUCGGUCGCAUGGCGUCUGUGAACAUGGAUCCUGCUCUCAUGUUUAGAACAAGGAAGAAGAAAUGGAGGAGUUUGGGGUCUCUCAGCCAGGGCAGUGCCAACGCAGCCGUGCUGGAUGUUGCACAAGCAGGGGGGCAUAAAAAGCGGGUCCGUCGCAGCUCCUUUCUUAAUGCUAAAAAGCUCUAUGAAGAUGCUCAGAUGGCACGGAAAGUGAAGCAGUACCUCUCAAACUUGGAUCUGGAAAUGGAUGAAGAGAGCCUGCAGACACUCUCUCUGCAGUGUGAGCCAGCCACGAACACAUUGCCGAAGAACACGGGAGACAAGCGACCUGGGAAAUCUGAAACGUCACCAGUGGCUCCCCGGGCAGGCAUCCAGCAGAAAGUGCAGCAGCAGCAUAAAGUAAACCAAGCACUGCAGGUCCCAGCCGUGUCUCUUUAUCCCUCUCGCAAGAAGGUGCCAGUCAAAGACCUCCCACCAUUCGGCAUUAACUCCCCACAAGCUUUAAAGAAAAUCCUUUCAUUAUCAGAAGAAGGAAGUUUGGAUCGUCACAAGAAACAAUCUGAAGACGCUGUCUCAAGUGCAUCUUCACAGCUGUCUUCUCCUCCUACUUCACCACAGAGCUCUCCAAGGAAAGGCUACACUUUGGCUCCAAGCAGCACUGUGGAUAACUUCUCCGACUCUGGUCACAGUGAAAUUUCUUCUAGAUCUAGUAUUGUCAGCAAUUCUUCUUUUGACUCUAUGCCAGUCCCCCUGCAUGAUGAGAGGAGACAGAGGCAUUCUGUCAGCAUCGUGGAGACAAAUCUUGGUGUGGGAAGGAUUGAUAGAAGAAUCAUGAUUGAACCAGAUCAAUACAGCUUAGGCUCAUACGCACCGCUGUCAGAGACCAGAGGCCUGUAUGCUGGAGCAACUGUACUUUCUUCUCCUAGUACAGAAGAGCUGUCACAGGACCAGGGGGACAGAGCUUCGCUCGACGCAGCUGACAGUGGCCGUGGGAGCUGGACUUCUUGUUCGAGUGGCUCUCAUGACAACAUCCAGACAAUUCAGCACCAGAGGAGCUGGGAGACUCUGCCUUUCGGACACGCUCAUUUUGAUAGUUCAGGCGAUGGGGCGGGACUGUGGGCCUCAGGCGGCCAUAUGGACCAGCUGAUGUUCCCUGACCAUGGCACAAAGUAUGGCAGGCAAAGUCAAGGUAGGGAGGGCCUUGACCAAGCACAGUCCAGAGCAAGCUGGGCAUCUUCCACAGGAUACUGGGGAGAGGACUCCGAGGGUGAUACAGGUACCAUAAAGCGGAGGGGUGGGAAGGAUGUUUCGAUUGAAGCUGACACCAGUAGCAUAACAUCUGUACCAGCAGAGGAGACAAAGCCAGCUCCCGUCCCUGCCCACACAGCAGCAGCAUCAAGUAGUACAAAGGGGCUUGUUGCAAGAAAAGAGGGUCGAUAUCGGGAACCACCUCCAACUCCUCCCGGUUAUGUAGGAAUACCUAUUGCUGAGUUUGCAGAAGGUGGCUCCCAUCCAACCAGGAAGCCUCCAGACUACAACAUAGCACUUCAGAGAUCUAGAAUGGUGGCACGGACAUGUGAGACUCAUGGGACAGCAACUCCACAGCAGCAGUCGCACGGCCACUCAACUGGCAGGCCCGUGAACAAACCUCAGUGGCAUAAACCAAAUGAGUCAGACCCACGUCUUUCUCACUAUCCAUCUCAAGGGUUUUCCACAGAGGAAGAUGAAGAUGAACAAGUCUCUGCUGUCUAAGACUUGGGCUUUUCUGGAUCCAGAGUGAGCCACCUUAAAGGAGAGCACAAGAAGACGUCCCUAGAAUAGGAGCCUUGGAACUAUGAUUAAAGGAUGGUGGACCUAUUUGCCUCCUUCCCUGCCUUAAAGCAGCAUGGGGCUUCUUCCUCUGCCCCUCCCCCUUCUGUCCCCUCUCCCCUUGCAUGUGAAAUACUGUGAAGAAAUCGCCCUGGCACUUUUCAAACUGUGUUGCUUGAAAUGCACAGUGCAGCAAUCUCCAAGCUACCACUGUCGCUGUCUGCCACAUCACACAGUAUCAUUCCAAAUUCCAAGAUCAUCACAUCAGGAUGAUUAACUCUGGCUGCACUUCCCAAUGCCUGGAAGGGUUUUUUUAAAUCUUCCUUUUAGAUUUUAAUCACAAUCCUAGCACUUAGUCUCAUUGGGAUAAUGAGAUAAGUUAGUUGUCAAAUUACGUUUGGCCUUUAACCUACAAAGAGAAAAUUGCUUUGAGAUCCUUCAAGGAGGCAGUGCUUAUUUGCUUGUUUACAAUGCCUUUGUUACAAUUUUGUAUGUUUGUGUUUGGGAGAUCAAAUAGUGCAUCUGAAUAGUAAUUACAGUAUUAUUUCACACCUGUAAGUAGGGUUGCCAGCCUGAGCUCCUGGAAGAAUAUUGCUAUCACAUGGCUGAGCAGGGCAGAAGGGAAGGCAGAGGUUGCAGGAUGCAGCCUUUCCUUGACUACCUGGCUUUGCUCUUAAUGUGCCCCACCCUGGAAUCUUCACAAGUUUGUAAAUGUUAGUGUUAACAGCAUCCUCAUCUGGGUCUGGUGUAAAUGCAGAAACACAGUGCUCACAACUGGUCAGUGAUCAAGAGGACACGGUGUGUCUCAUACCUGUGCUUUGUGGAAUACAGGAUGGCAUGCUAAAAAAAGUGUCCCAUUCUAAUAAGACAGAUGGCAACCCCACUGUUAAGUUAUAUGCUUUUUAUUUUUAAACUGUAUGGUAGUUAUAUUAAAAUAAAAGUUAACUGGAUAACACUGCAGUGAAGGCAAGUUGGGAUGGCACAGCUCGUGUCAGCUGUUAACACUGAUCUAAUAACCUCCAUCUAUUGACUUCGACAUUAGGGGAUAAUUGAGCCUUUAAGUGAAAAAAAUAAAAAUAACACAGUUAGAUUUGCCAGCCUUUGCAAUGCAGAAAUAGUCACAACUGUUAAUGGCUUCAUGGAACACUGCAUGUGUAGAGAAGGCCAAUGUGUAGCAACCACCUGCUCACAGCUGCUAUUAACCCUAUAAUGACUGAAAUGACCCUCCCCUCUAUUUUUGUGUUGUUUUUGCACAGACUCCGGAGAAGUGAAGGCUGCCAAUCCGAGUAGUACUCAAAUGUGAGGAACUGCUGGUCUUGGAUUUUUUUUUUUCCAUUGAACUCAGCUGAUCAUAUUGAUCAGUAGAUAAACGUAAAUAGCUUCAACUUUUAAAGAUCAAAUUGCAGUGUUUUUUCACUGUAUCAAACAAAUGUCAGUGCUUUAUUUAAUUCUCUCUCCAGUAAUCAUAGCUUUUGUCUAUUUGCUUAUAUAUAACAUUGUCAAUUAUGCAUUUGUAAUUUUACAUGUAAUAUGCAUUAUUUGCCAGUUUUAUUCUCAAGGCUAUGGACCUCAUGUGCAUAUAGAAAUACAAAAUCCUAGCUCUAUCACAAGUUGCACAAAUGUUAUAUAAGCAUUAAGUAAUUGUAGACCAUAGGACUGCUAAUCUCAGUUCGCUCUGUGAUGUCAAGUGCAGAAUGUACAAUUAACUGGUGAUUUCCUCAUACUUUUGAUACUACUUGUACCUGUAUGUCUUUUAGAAAGACAUUGGUGGAGUCUGUAUCCUUUUGUAUUUUUAAUACAAUAAUUGUACAUAUUGGUUAUAUUUUUGUUGAAAAUGGUAGAAAUGUACUAUGUUUAUGCUUCUACAUCCAGUUUGUAUGAAGCUGGAAAAUAAAUAAAUAUAACAUUAAUGAAGUCCAUAUUGAUUCUUAUGCAUUUUACAUGUUCCACAUACUUGAACAAAUUUAUGAAAAAAAUUUUACUUCUCUGUGUAUUAAUAUUAAAGGGACAUUGCCAAGUGAUGUGGGCAAACCACUGGUGUGGAGUUUUUCUUGAUAUACAGUUAUGCUGCAGAUAAUUUUUGAAAACUUUGGUGUGUGUACUGCUGAAUGAGAAUGACUG